CAGAUCUAGACAGUUUCCUUUAUCAGAUCACACGCUUUCUCUCUCUUUCACACACACACACACACUCCGCCCCUCCCAACCGCAGUCACCUCUGGAAUCGCCCCUUCUUGGCCUCAGUCAUCACCGGAAUGCGGAAGUAGCUGACCAUUUGUCACGCAGUAGCAUCAAACGACAGCAUGUUUUUACUUUCACUCUUUACUCUUUCGCCCCCAGGCAUUGAGGUGUUUGUGGAGCCUGAUCGGGGACAGAGGCUCACAUGACUGCUCCAUUAGUUCAAGGGCAUUUCCAGACUCUUCCUUUGCCUAGGAAGAAAUUAAGCACAUCUAUCAUUCUGCUUGAUCCGAGAGCAGGGAGGAGCUGCAGAGGAGAAUUCUCACAUGUAGUCCGUGCAUAAGGAGCAGGGAAGUUCAUCUUGUCAGAGGUGGCCAGCUUCACCCUCUCCUCAGGAUGGGAAAUGAAAGUACUAAACCGCCGAGUUCAUUCGCAGACCCCACAAAGAGGUCUGCAGGAGGCAUGUUCCAGGACCUGAAAGAGGACAUCACAUGCUCCAUCUGCCUGGAGCCCUUUGAAGACCCCGUCUCCAUUGACUGCGGGCACAAUUUCUGUAGGGGCUGCCUCUCUGCCCACUGGAGCGGAUCCCCACACUAUGGGUACCGCUGCCCUGAGUGCCGUCACCCCUGCAGCCGCGAGAGGAUGAUCCCAGACACUCGCCUCCGGAGCUUGGUGGAGAAAAUUGGGCAGAUCCCUGUGCAAGAGGAGGUUGACAAGGAACUGGAGAAGGCAGCAACUCUGUUGAAGUCAGGAGAAGCAGUGCAGCUGGUGGGUGUGGAUGAGAAUGGAGAUCUCUGCUUGAAUGAGGGUGCCCUGAGCCUCUGCUUGGAGCAGAGGCGAGUGAAGGAUGCCCCGGUCUGCCUGAUCUCCAUCCUCGGGGAGCAACGCCGUGGCAAAUCCUUCCUGCUGAACUUCCUCCUACGCCGGCUCCGAAACCUGGGAGCUGAGGACGAAUCAUGGAUGGGCCAGGAAGGUGAGCCACUGACGGGAUUUGAAUGGCAACCAGGACCUACCAGCACCACCAAGGGGGUGUGGAUGUGGAGUCAGCCAUUUUGGGUUCCUGGUGAAAAUGGAAUGGUUGCCAUGUUCCUGAUGGACACAGAGGGUUCGAUGGAUCUGGAGAGAAGGAGAGAAAAUAGCGUCAAGCUCUCGGCUUUCUCCAUGCUGCUUAGCUCUUGUCAGAUAUUCAAUUUAGCCACCAUGAUGAAGGACACGGAUUUGGAAUACCUCGAAAUGUUCAUGUAUGUAGCUGAGACGGUGGGACAUGCCUGCAGAUUGAAGGCCAUUCAGCAUCUUGAUAUCUUGGUGCGUGACUGGUUCUUCCCACCUGUCUUUGGACUCCAGGAGGGGAAGAAGUACCUCCAAGAUAUCAUACAGAAGCUGGAUCCCAACAGGCACCCACGAGCCCUGGGGGCCCUCAAAAGCAUCAGUACCCGCUGUUACCUGAUGCCCUUCCCUGGCAGGAACCUGGUGGUGGGAACUGAGGGCACCCUUGCGGAUAUGGAUGAGGAUUUUAGGGACUGCUUGAAGGAUUAUGUGAAUGACAUAGCCAAAUCAGCUGGAAAACAUGUAAAGAGAGACCAGGAGGGGACGGCCCUCACAGGGACACAACUUGCAGCCAGGGUAAAGAAUUUCUCCGACCUCAUGAGGCAGUAUCAGUUCGGCUUCUCUUCCGUCACCCAGAUGGCUGUCACCUUAUACAACCUGGACAAGCUAGAAGCCCUGCGGCGGGAGUUUGCAGAGUUUAUCAGAAAUCAGGAUGAGCUCUGUCGUCCCAUGUUUGCAGGCCUGAAAGUGACUCCCAGCUCAAUGACACGGCGCCUUCUGGAGAAGCAGCGCGAGCUGGCCCGGCAAUGUGAGGAGUCACUGCGGGGCAACGAGCCAGGCCGGACGGAUUCCAUCUUGUUGCUGGAGUCCCGCUUGCAGGGCGAUGCUAGAGGUUUUGUGGAGCGCUACAGUCAGCGUUACAAAUCCCAUGCUCUCAAAGCUGGGGUGGCUGUUGGGGUGGGUGCUGUGGGGUUAGCCGGUGGGGUCAUUGGGGCUGGGGUGGCAGCUGCCCUGUUGGCUGCAGAAGCCAUUGCGUUUGGCACCACUGCUACAUUUGCCAUCGGGACCGCAGCUGGGGCAGGCACCCUUGCGCUUGUCGGCGGUGGGGUGGGGGCUGGCGUUGGGUGCAGCAUAGGGGAGCGCAGGGCCCGGGAGGCUGAGCAUGUGAGUGAAGACGAGGCUGAAGGAGAAGAGGAAACUGACCCCUCAGAUGAGAGGUGUCUCCUUGAUGAAUUGGCAUCUUAGGGUUGACAAGGAGGCCGUCCUGUGAUUAGCAGCUUUCUCUGUAGCCAAGUGGCAGCUUGCAAGAUGAUCCUUAUCCUGCACUCCUCUUGUCAUGGAGGCAUAGAUACCCAGGGGGACUAAGGAAAAUAGAUCUUGCACGCUGCCCUGUAAUAAAAAGAAGAGCUGCUCUCCCCUUCCUUCUAAUGGCUAGUUCAAGGAUAGCCAAAUGAUACACAUUCCAGUGUGGAUCCCCAUGGAGACACCAGUGAUGAGUGAAGGCCUCAUAAUGAGGCCUUCUGAUGCUAAGGCGAUUUUGUUCUCUUUAGUGGUAGGUAAUGGAACAAUACUUCCCUCUGUAUUCCUCUUCACUUUUCUUGUUCCCCAGGAAUAGGCAACUCAGCAUAGCCAACCCCUGGCACAUCAUCAACCCUUUCUCAGGUUGCAAGGCACUACCGAGAUAAUAGAGGGGAUGAAGAAAUUCCCCCCUCUUUUUUCUUGGCCAAGUCACCACCCAAGUCAAGCUAGAUGGCAUCCUUUUCUCUGUGCAGUGCAUUCUGGGAGAAACACUGCUGCCAUCUCUUUAAAGCGGUGCUUUGCAAUAGGUGAAUCUUCUCUUCAACCCCUGUAGGGUGGAGACAGGGAAUGAGAAGAAGUACUUUCCUCCUUCUCCAUGGAAUUCGAUGGCACCCUCUCCCACUCUGUAGUGAAUUUCAGGUCAAAGCUCUUCAAAUAUUUGCCCUUAUUCACUGGGUUAAUGAGUGUCGAUGCCCUGUUGAUUCAGUCUUCUCAGGUAUGAAAUGUGGGGCAAGUGAGGGGUGCAGUUCCCAAUUCUAUUGGACUGCAGUAAGGGCUGCUGGGAAAUUUUCAUUGCCUCAUGGGAGCAAAGCCUCUCCUCACAUCCUCAGGGAAAUCUUCCCUAACAUACUCCAUCGUAAGAAUGGACCCCCUCUUUGCAGUCCUUCUGCCAACAAGCAAAGACCUUCCUAUUCCAACAAGCCUUUGGAACUGAAGGCGAAGGAUCGGGCGUGAAGGGUGCUGCAUUGCUAAUGUCUAUUAUAUCAUUUUUAAACUAGUUUGAACUCUUUUAGCUAUAUGUGUGUAUGGUUUUAAUAUUGGAAAUAGUUUAAUCUUAUUUUAAUGUAGACUUUGUAUGUUUUUAAUUAUACGUAUUUUUUAUCUGGAAGCCACCAUGAGUUCCAGUUUUGGAAAAAUGGCGGGGUAUAAAUAAAGAUAAUAAUAAUAAUAAUAAUAAUAAUUAAUAAUAAUAAUAAUAAUAGUAUAUUCUGAAGUGCCCAGAAACUCGAGGGUUGGACACAACUCCUUUUAGCAGCUGUCAUUAAAAGUCCACGUUCCCUUCCAAGUGCCUGGUUUUUAUGGCUGCUCAUGACUUGUUCUGCCCACCCUGCGUCUCUUGGGUCAUCUUUCAGGAAAUACAUUUAUUUAUUUCAA